CUCUACUCAUUGAAGAUUUGAUGCAAUGCGCUGGUGUGUACUCUUGCGCUCGUUCCAUCGUGUCCAAUGUCCUAGUUCCCUGAGCUAGCUUGUGAUCUGGAACUGCGGCUUGUGUACAGAUGCAUCCGUGUAGUGGUCGAGGUUGAUCUGACAUGAUGAGGUUGUACGGGUGUCUGUUCAUUGCAUCCCGAGGUGAUCAGUGAUCAGUGUACUGCUUCUCUGUACAUUGCUGUAGAUUUUGUCUUAUGUCUGUGGUGUGUGCUGUCUGGGCUGCGAGUGGUGUGUGCUGAUUGUAACAGAGGAUCUUUUUCCCAACUUGCUGUUGCUGCAAUUUCCUUCUGAAUGGACUGCACAGGAAAACUAGGAAUUGAGAAGGGCGAAUGGGUCCAUUUCAGAAGAUAUUUCUGGACAGCUUGAAGCCAUGAAGUUAGAAGACCAGUCACUACCGCGUGUGCUUUGGCGUCUGCAACUCUUGAGUAGCUAUAAUCUGGAGAGCGUAAGGGUGCCGAUCUGCGGCGUUGACAGUAACUGCGGUGGUAUAACCUUGGGAUGCUUGGAGCAGGCGCGAAGGUGGUGAAAGUUGAAGACACUGCAUGCACGGGCAAACUAGGAAUUGAGAAGGGUCAAGGGGUUCAUUUCAGAAGAUAUGUCUGGACAGCUUGAAGCCAUGAAGUUAGAAGACAACCAGUCACGACCGUGUGUGCUUUGGCGUCUGCAACGCCUUGGGAAGAAGCACAGAGAUGUGAGCUGGAGGUGUAUCGGCCAAGCAAGAAACACGUCAGCUACCGGGAAAAUGUCUUGCUCGCUUACAUGUCUGCAUUAACGUUGCGACCUGCAGGGAGAACAUAAUUGGCAUUUGGUGUUGUGCAGGCCGUCUGACGAGCUGGUGCGUGUGAAAUCACAAAUGGUGAAAGGGUACACAGAGAUGGAGCUGGAGGUUUGUCUGAUAAUCGAGAAACAUCUCACUUUCUAUCAGGAGGAGAAGGUUAAUGCAUGUGGAAGCCGCUUGGGAUCAGCUAUCUGUACGGUGCCUUGUCGUUUGUAACCUAAUCUGUGCAGCACUUUAACCAUUUGAUAUAUCUUGGAGGAUUGAAUGCCCAAUAGACACUCCCGGGCGUGUCGUGUGGCUACCACACUACUAAUUUCUCAUAGUGUUGUCUAUUUUGCGAUUAGAAGGCAGAGCAAUUGCUGAACCAUUGCGCGCUGCAACACACAGAGGUGGAAAUCCUAAUGGUUAAUUUUGGAGGAUUGAAUGCCCAAUAGACCUUCCUGAGCUGCAACACACAGAGGUGGAAAUCCUAAUGGUUAAUUUUGGAGGAUUGAAUGCCCAAUAGACCUUCCUGAGCGUGUCUUGUGGCUACCACACUGUUAAUUUCUCAAGUCUCUUUUGCGAUUAGAAGGCAGAAUAAUUGCUGAACUAUUACAUGCUGCAACACACAGAGGUGGAAUUCCGUUGGGCCUGAGAAAGUUUUGACAUAAUAAUGGCACAUUUGCUUAAAGUCCGCCGUUCGACAGUGCACUUGGCGGUGGUCUUCUGCCAGUUCUCUCUCUUCCUUUCAGUAAUGGUGGCCAAGCCCCAUGUGCGCAUCCCCGACAAUCUGGAGGAUGUGGUUGAUGAUGAAGAGGAUGAAGAAUGGAGGCGAUGGGGAAGGUUUAAAUCAUACCCUCCCAAGAACGAUCCAGACACCUUGGUGGAUUUCUCAGGAAUGGGUGCAAAUGAAGUUGUUCGGUCGUCUCGGCCAAGAGGUGCCAUCUGCUUUGCAAAGCUUCGUGAAGGAGCCUUCGCCACAAAGGAGGAGACUCGAGCUGCGGGCACAAGGUGGAGUGAUGUGAUGCUCAGUGGGGGUUUGUACCAUAAGUCAUAUGUUGUUGAUGAAAACACUGUGGCCUUCACUCCCGAAGAUACGGAUAUGGUUGAUGAGAUGAAACGUUUUCUGCUGCUCCAGCCAGAGAUCAGCGAGUUCCAGUAUGAUGGAAAGAAGUAUUACCCCGACCCCAGAGUCUACGAUGAGCGUGAGAGCAGGCAAAGGAGAGAGGAAUUAUGAAAUGAUGUCUGGUCUGAGAAUAGUGGCAUUCACAACUGCAGGAAUAAUGACGAGAAAUCGAAGCCUGAUGAGAGUACGAGAAAAGCACUUCUGUUAAAGGCCUUAGGGUGGGAGAAGUGGAGAUUCGGCAGAGUAUCUGGUCUGAGAAGUGGGACUAUAACAGGCAAAGGAGAGAGGAAUUAUGAAAUGAUAUGCCGUCUGAGAAGUGGGACUGUAGUGACAUUCAUAACUGCAGGAAUAACGACAAGAAACCAAAGCUCAAUGAGAGUGCGAGAAAAGCACUCGUGUUAAUAAAAGGGGAGAAGUGGAGAUUCUCAGUAUGAGCAGCUACUUCACGAUGUUGUGCAGGUUUGGAGUUGUCAUGUGUCGCAGUGGGAAAUGCAGCUUACUGUAGAGGCAGGUGUUUAGCCUUUUUGGGAGUGGAAAUUGAAUUAGGGGUCCAGUUCGCAGUGUCUUUGAAAAGGAUUGUGAUCUGUGGAUGAAAAAAAGUGUGCGGAGCACCACCUGAUGAGUUUUGCGAGAUGAAAGUAAGGUGGAUUUUAGUGUGCCCUUUUCUAAUCUAUGUUGUUGCAUCUAGAAGGUGGCUGUGAGCUGGGACUGCAAUGGAGAGAGUGGCUAUGGCAGAAGAUAGAGAUGGAGAGAGUUAAGCCUGAGGAGGCUGGCAGGAUUCUCGAACAAGAGCAAACAAUGCUUAAUUUGGAUGCUGUCGGGAUCCUCGAACAUUCUACUGACGAUCAGAACAGCAGAACAGUCAUGAUGAUGAUGGUUCAGGAGUUUCACUAUUUUUAAGUUUUCCGGAAGUCGAGAACCUUCCGAGGGAAUGUGAAGAAAGACCGGAGGUGGGACUCCACGGCCUCUCUCACCCCAUCGAAAUCAGUUCUGAGGCGGGAGGUGAGAACUGUCUGUAUGUCUCUUUACAAUAACCAUCCAUCUGGGGGGAAUUUUGGUCUAUGUUGUGGGUGGGACUCCACGGGCUCUCUCACCCCACCGAAAUCCGUUCUGAGGGCUUGCGAGGGGAAAAACAUAUGGUUCAGGGCGGGACGUGAGAACUGUCUGUAUGUCUCUGUGCAAUAACAUCCAGCUGGGGGAAAUUUUGGUCUAUGUUGUGGGGUGAGCCUGCGGAAGGUCAAGUGUAGCCAGUAUAGAGAGAGAGAGAGAGAGAGAGAGAGAGAGAGAGAGAGAGAGAGAGAAGAGAGAACUGUCUGUAUAUCUCUGUACACGCCUUAUGAUGUGCAGGCCAGUCCAUCUCGCCAGAUGCGACUGGCAAGCAGCUGUGACGUAUAAAAACGGGGUUGGUUUCAACAGAAUGCGAUCUAUUUGUGCACCUGCAGGCCAGUCCAUUCCGCCAGAUGGAUUUCGCAAGCAGCUGUGUCAUAUGAAAAUGGCUUUGGUUUGGUUUCAACAGAAUGCG